AUGGACACGCAGAUUGCAAUAACUGGCGUUGCCGUCGGGAAAGAAAUCAAUAAUGAUAAUUCAAAGACCGACCAAAAAGUUUCUUUGCCGAAGGCGGAUGUCCCAUGCAUAGAUAAGGCCACACAAACUAUUAUAGAAGGAUGCUCCAAAGAUGACCCUAGGCUUUCGUAUCCUACAAAACUAGAGACUACUGAAAAGGGGAAGACCAAAAGAAACUCAUUUGCUUGUGUAUGCUGCCAUUCCUUGAAGCAAAAAUGUGAGCCUUCUGAUGUUAACGAUAUUUAUAGGAAACCUUGUCGAAGGUGUCUGAAACACAAGAAGCUGUGCAAGUUUGAUCUUUCAAAAAGGACAAGGAAGAGAAAGCCUAGAUCAAGGUCACCCACACCUUUUGAAUCGCCGAUGGUGAAUGUCUCUACUAAAAGCAAAGGCCCAACAGAUUCUGAAGAAUCUAGCUUGAAGGAUGGUACAUCUUACCUCGCCAGUUUCCCUUCUGACCCAAACGCUAAACAAUUUCCAAACUCUCGGACAGUCUUACCUGGACUUCAACAAAGUUUAUCCGAUCUUUGGUCAACUUUAAGCCAACCACCCUCAUAUGGAGCAAGAGAGGCCGAAACCACAUCUACCGGAGAGAUAACCACCAAUAAUCAUACAAAAUCCAAUGGCAGUGUGCCCACAAAUCCAGCAGUUUUAGCAUCUAACGAUGAGCAUACUAAUAUUAGUGAUGCGCCAGUUAUAUACAGUACCUACAACUCCCCCGUACCGAUUUCAUCUGCGCCUACCAGCAUUAACAGCGAGGCACUGUUCAAACAUAGGCCUAAAAUUGUGGGUGAUGAGGAAACACAGAACGUCAAAGUGAAAAGACAAAAGAAAUCAUACUCUAGACAUAUGACACGGUCGUUCAGGAAGCAGCUACAAUCACUGAUUAUUUCUCAAAAAGGUAAAAUUAGAGAUAUUUCGAUGAAGCUUGACACUUGGUCAAAGCAGUGGAAUGACCUUGUUGAAAAGAGCAUGUUUUUGCCAACCAUUGCAGAUCCUGUAUCAGUAGGAAUCAUAUCUCAUGAAGAAGCGACGCUUCGCUUACAUCUUUAUAAAACCGAGAUUUCAUAUUUGUCAAAAUUACCAUUCAUAAAGGUCGAAGAGAAUGUUAGUGUCGAUGAAUUAAGAAAGAAGAAACCUAUUUUAUUCUCCGUCAUUAUGUCAUGUGUUUCAAUUGUACUAACACCCAAACAAACCACCAGAGGAACUAUUAUGAAGCUUGAUAGUUUUGUACUAAACUUAAUUACAAAUCAGAUUUUCAAGGCUAAUAAUAAAUCUAUCGAAAUCAUCGAAUCACUGUCUACAUUAUGUCUAUGGUAUAAUUUUUUUGAAUGGUCAAGUAAAACGAGAUACCAUAUAUUUAAUUACAUCUGUUGCUGUUUAACUAGAGAUUUGGGGCCUACCUAUGUCAAUCGAUCCUUUGGUAUGUUUAGUGACGAGGAUCCAAAGAGAUUCAAGUCACCUUUGGAACUUUACAGUAAUGGCGCCAGUUUAACUUUAUUGGUAUACAUUUCCGCACUCAAUAUUUCAAUUUUUCUACGUCAAUCAAUACAAGCUCGUUGGAGUCACGUCACGGAAAAGGCCUGCGAGGAUUUAGUUAAAGAGACGAAAAAAUCGCGACAUUAUGACAACGAUAAACUAUUACUUGAUUCAGCUGAUGAUCCCAUCUUGGUUCAAUUUGCUAAAAUGAACCACGUCUUGGAAAAUAUUCACACACACCUACAUGAGAGAGAUCUAAAUGAUGACGAGUUUGAUGAUCCUAUUUUUACUAAAAAGUAUCUUAAUAAACUAAUGGAAAAAUACCACAAGCAAUUGCAAGAGAUUUUCACUAAACUUGACAGAAACAGGCCAAGAGUGAUUGCAUUUUAUUACUCUGUAGAAGCUUAUUUAUACCAGUAUAAACUUGCAGUAUUCAUCGGGGAAAUGUCGCAUACCAUAAACGAAAAAGUCGAAUUGCCCAGAGAAAUAAUGGAUGAUUUUGUUAAAUGCUAUCAUUGCUGUAAAUCUGCCCUUGAGGAAUUUUCCAAGUUGGAGCCAAUUUUAAUUACCUCAUUACCUUUAUUUCAUACUUCCAGGAUCAUAUAUACCGUUGGUAUGCUCUUAUUAAAGCUGCGCUAUUCCGUAGUCGCUAUUCCUUCGUUUCACGAUUUAAUGCCCCUUACAGAUGAUGCUAUUGCCUUGGUAAUAGGGGUAAACAAUCUUUUAGAAAAAACAUCAGAGCUGUAUCCCUUCAACAACUCUCUUUACAAAUUUAGGUAUGUUAUUGCGUUAUUUUGUCAAACCUACGCAAACAAAGUUAUUGAUGUUGCUGAUCGCUACAAUGCAGAAAGGGAGAAACUAAAGGAAAAGCAGGUCAUAGACGAAGUAAGCAAUGGCCACGAUGGUACGAAGCCAAUAAAUGCAUAUGUAACCGAGUCACAAAAGAUGCCAACAGAAGAAGAUCCAAUUAUCGACAAUAAUACAAACCAAAACAUAACCGCUGUACCUGAUGAAAUGCUGCCAGUAUACUCAAGAGUUCGUGACGAUACUGCCGCAAUGAACCUGAAUAUUAACAGUACUUCAUAUAUGAAUGAAUCCCCACAUGAACACCGAGAGAGUAUGACAGGCACAACUCUAUUACCACCACCAUUUAUUUCUAAUGAUGUGACUAACUCUGCUGACUCAACUAAUAUAAAACCAUCACCUAGUUCAUCGGUAGACAACUUGAACGAUUAUUUGACGGAUAUAAACUCCUUAGCAUGGGGCGUUAAUUCAUUAAAUGACGAGUUUUGGACAGACCUUUUCAUGAAUGAUAUUUGA